CCAGUACCCAAGACUCUGACCCCAUGGAAGGGACCUCAGCAGCUGCAAAUUCCUCAAGUCUCCCUCCUCCAUCCCGAAGGUUAUCACAGAUAAGGCGUCGUAAGAAGAGAACGCGAGACGAGAUGUUUUCUGAAAUUAUGGAAUCCAGCCGCAGUGACAGAGCUCAUCUGAAUGAGUGGAAGGAAACAGUUUCAAAGUAUAGGAAAGAAGCCAGUGAAUGUGAGGACAGGAGGGACCAACGUGAGGACAGGAGGGACCAACGUGAGGACAGGAGGGACGCUCGAGAUGAGAGGUGGCGGCAGGAAGACCAGAGGAGGCAGGAUGCAACGCUGGGGCUGCUGCGUGAGCAAACAGACAUGCUCCGGCGUCUGGUGGAGCUUCAGGAACGGCUGCUGGAAAACAGACUGCCGCUUCAGCCCCUGUUCCACCCUCCCCCCUCCCCAUGUUCCGUAUCCUCCUCACCCAGACGUGUAAGAAUGCGGGGGGGAGGCUCCGUACACCUUCCCAUUCCACCCCAGUAGACAGCCCAA